GUCAAACAAAUUCAAAACGCAAAGUUUUGGAGCUCGAAACCCCAACUCUGCUGAGAUUGCUCAAGGGAAAGUGUGGCGCUGCUGCCACCUUCACCGGAAGAAUGCCGUCUGAAGAAUCGAAGCAGGUAAAGAAAGAGGACGCCAACCACAGCAACAAUAAGAGUUCUUCGUCUUCCAAAAAAGCCACAACCUCCAAGCUUCAAAAUGUGAAGAAAGAAGAUUCUGACAAUGAUUCUUCUUUCAAACCCCUCAAGCCCAAGCCUUCCGCUGCUGUGUCUCGCUCCAAACCCAAGAAGGAAGAGUACUCCGACGACGACGACGACGUGCCCAUUGCCAAAAGAGCUUCCAACAAUUCCAAGGAAGUAGUGAAGAAAAGGAAGAAGGUCAAGGAGGAAGAAACUAAGAAGACAAAGAAGAAAGGGGAAGAUGCUGCUGCUUCUUCUGCUUCACAGCAGCAACAGGAGAAGAAGAAGAGAGCGAAAAAGGUGUAUGAUUUACCUGGCCAGAAACGAGAUCCACCUGAGGAGAAAGAUCCUCUCAGGAUUUUCUAUGAGAGUUUAUAUGAGCAAGUUCCGACAAGCGAAAUGUCACAAGUCUGGUUGAUGGAGUCAGGCUUACUUCCUAAAGAGGUGGCAAUGAAAAUAUUUGAAAAGAAGCAAAAGAAAGCUCUGCAGCCGAAGCUCACUUCUCCGGUUAAAGCUGUAGCAUCAGCAAAGGGAAGCACACGAUCCGUCACGGUCAAGAAGAAAAGCCCAACCUCCCCUGUACCUUCUGCUAAGAAGAAGACCCCAAACUCCACAAGGAAGCAGUCCAAGAAGCGGAAAGCGGAGGAUGCAAGCUCUGAGGAUGACUCUGACGAUGACUAUAUUUUGUCUUCUAAGGCUAAGAAAUUGAAAACAAAUUAAUUGUGCUCUAGUUGAAUUUUAUCCAAUUCUUACUUAGUUGUACCACCAUUGAUUAGGUUAAUCUCAGACUUGUAAGGUAUUCGAGUGGAUGAUGUUAUAUAUGACUUCGUAGAAGCAUUCAUAUGUGAAGGAUUUCUUAACUGUCA